ACCGACCGCCUCGCAGCAGAGGCCGCCGCGCGCACACACCGGGCCCCGCUCCCAAGGGCGCCAGCGCGGCCCCGGGGAGCGCCAGGAGCCGGCGAGCGCGCGGCCUGCCGUUGGCGGCUUGGUCCGCCAACGCUCUGCGCCCACCCCCGCCCGGGAGGUGGGGGGUGCCAGCACCCGGGAAGAUGGUGUCCUGGAUGAUCUCCAGAGCCGUGGUGUUGGUGUUUGGAAUGCUGUAUCCUGCAUAUUAUUCAUACAAAGCUGUGAAAACAAAAAAUGUGAAGGAAUAUGUGCGGUGGAUGAUGUACUGGAUUGUUUUUGCUCUCUAUACUGUGAUUGAAACAGUAGCAGAUCAAACAGUUGCUUGGUUCCCCUUGUACUAUGAACUUAAGAUUGCUUUUGUCAUAUGGCUGCUCUCUCCCUAUACCAAAGGAGCAAGUUUAAUAUAUAGAAAAUUCCUUCAUCCACUUCUGUCUUCAAAGGAAAGGGAGAUUGAUGAUUAUAUUGUACAAGCAAAGGAACGAGGCUAUGAGACAAUGGUCAACUUUGGGCGACAAGGUUUAAACUUAGCAGCUACUGCUGCUGUCACUGCAGCAGUGAAGAGCCAAGGGGCAAUAACGGAGCGGUUACGGAGUUUCAGUAUGCACGAUCUAACAGCUAUCCAAGGGGAUGAGCAUGUGGGACAAAGACCAUACCAACCUCUGCCAGAAACAAAAAAGAAAAGCAAGCCAGCCUCCGGUGAAUCAUCAGGUUAUGGAAUUUCACUGAAAGACGGAGAUGAGAAAACAGAUGAAGAAGCGGAAGGGCCAUAUUCAGAUGAUGAGAUGUUAACACACAAAGGCCUUCGAAGAUCGCAAAGCAUGAGAUCUGUGAAAACCGUGAAAGGCCGCAAAGAGGUGCGGUAUGGGUCACUAAAGUAUAAAGUGAAGAAGAGACCACAGGUGUAUUUUUAGUCAUGUACACUUCAAGUGUCCCAAGACAAAGGCUGAUACAUCAGUUUUUUUCCUAACAUUAUAUAUUCAGGAUUUACUCAAUAAAAUAAUUGUUUAAAUUGUGGCAGUGAUAGGGUUUACUUCCAUCAAUUUAAAUACUUUAACAAUUACUUUCAAAUCUUGACUAUUAAAGGUAGUUAUUCAAAGCGUGUAUAUAUAUCGGAAAUAAUAGAAAAUUGUGUUACAUCUUUUCAAAUUCAUCAGCAAUAUGGAGGGUCUGGGAUAUAAGAGGAAGCACAAACCCACAGUAUACUUGAAAAGAGUCUUUUUAUUGUUCAAGAUACAUCGGACUUUGUGAUACUGUAUUGUUUACCUCCAUUUAUGUUAUAACUAUCACAUGAGGAUAGUAAUGAAAUAGGCCUCUGAUCUAGCAGUGAGAGGACGGGCCUAAUGUGAGAUAAAGUAUGUUUGAUAUGUUCUUUAAAUUUUUACUUUUUUAAUACUUUAUAGUUUUUCCACCAUCAACUGAAAGUUUUCAAAACAAAUAUUUGAAAACCAGGUAUCCACAUAGCACUUUUAUUCCUGACUAGUUUUGCACACUUGAAAAUUGUUUACUUAUUUUACGACUGUACAUUUUAAGUAUUUUUAACACUAUCUUUAUUAUUUGUCAUAUUCCGACAUGUCAAAUUUAUGCCUCGAAUUACAUCAUCUCUUUUCCUGUGGGUUGCAUUUGUUAAAUUUGCUUGAUUUUAAAUCUUAAAAUAUAUUAAUAUUAAAAUACAGUUAAUUGUUCAAUUCUAGCUAUUGUUAAUUAUCUUCUUUACAAAUAAGAAAUGAUUUUAAACAUUAACCAGUUUUUGGUAUUUAUCUGUACAUUGUAGUUGAACUUAGCAUGUUUUUGUUAACACUGGUUACAUUUUCACCUUUUGAAAGUGGUAGCUUUUGUGAAAUACAGUCAGAGAUCAGUAUAGCACUUAGGUCUCUUCUAAUUCAUGAAUAUACAGCCACUCCCAACAGCCAAUACAUUCACAAGUUUGGCACGUAUAUGUGCUGCUGAUUUAUAAAUCUGGCAUUAACUAAAAUUAUUUGAAUUACUUCCCUUCUUGGGAAUAAUUUCCUGAAGAUAGAUCCUGAUGCAAAAUACAGAUAUUAAUCUUACCAUAUUAGAAGUUUAGGAAAAUAUCAGUUUUUUAAUCCAAGAUUAUUUGAGUUACUGGACUUUGAGGCAUUAGGUUGCAUUGAUAGCUAUUAUGAACUCCAAAUCAAUAUAUUUCUGGUGAUGGUUUAGUGAUCAGUAAUGAAAUUUGUACGAUUAUACUUGUUCAGGUAAUUUACCUGAUGAUUCUACUUGUUUGUCCAAAAGAAAAAA